CAUGGCGAUGCCGGUUUCUCGGUCAAUCUCGAACGAGAAUUGAAAUCUUCGAAAUACUAGCGCCCCCAACAAAGAUAUCGCCGCAGCAUCCUAGUGUCGCCAAGGUGGCAUCGUCCGCUGAUGGCGGCCGAACCUAACCGACAUCGAGCGCCGAUGCACCGCCUUCCAAGGUGGAAACGAGGUGACUCUUGCAUAGAUCCGCUACAACUUGCUCAGCUCGCUUGUUGAGCGGUAUCAGAGAGAACAAGGCAAGAGGGUAAGGCAUGGAGAAUGAACGACCACGAGGCACAGCGCAAACACGUCAGGUCAUCAAGACGCAAGAAAUCUCAGGUAUUUCCGUCGGGAUCACUCGAGCCCCAGAGCAAGCGGGGAGGGUGACAAGUUAGGCUGCCUCUUCCGAGCUUCCAAUCGAGGCCCAGCCACUACCGCAUAUGUGCUGAGCCAACGGGUAUGCAGAUGGCUGGCGCCAGGUUCCGAGGGGUGCAAAAUAUCCUGUUUCUGGAUGAAAUCAAUCCAGGACCAGGGAUGAGACGCGCGCGCGCCAAACCCCGCACCAUAGCAGACUCUAUCCAAGGCGAUAGUUUGCAAAAGGCAGAUCUUGCCCUAGAGGUACUACUCAACAACCCAAAGCGGCUUCAGCGUAAGCGAGAGCAAUUCAGCGACUCUCCGCCGUCGUACCGAUCUCAGUUUUCGGGCCCCAUGACGCGAUCCAAAGCCCCAACGGUCCCAACGAGGCGCAACAACGGCGAUAUGAGCGGAAAUUUCGGCUAAGAAUGGAGCACAGCGCCUCGCUUCCUUACUACCAGUUCAUAGCUCAGUAUUACAAAGAGCUAGAACGGCUAUUCGAAGCGGAUCGAAACCGGAUUUACAAAUACCCACCUAGCUUGGACAGCAUUUACAAACACGCACAUUUCAACAUCAAGAUGCGCUGGAUUGAACAGGGCAUUUAGAAAGAUGAGUGGAAUAAACAGUCUAGGCCUAGUAGGCAAUGGAAGCACGAGGAACCGCUAAAGCCCGAAUCCAAUAUGGAUUGGGAAAGCAUGCUUCCUACAGGACUCUUUGGAGCCGAGGUACAGCGGAAACAACCAGCCAAGAGUGGUGCGGAGGUUCUAGGAGAGCGACGGGAUCGCGAGGCGUCACGCCCCUAUUAUUAUUCCUACCCCGCUAUGCCUAUCUAACAGGCUCCUCGGACCCGCUCCAGCUAUGUACAAAGGAAAAACCGUACCGUAUAGGCCGGGUAAAAACCUCUGUC